GCCAAAAGGUAUAUCCGGCUGUGCCCUCCUAAUCUCAUGUUUUUUAUCCUCCGUGUUAUUUUUUCUCAGUGGCUCUCCCCUGGAGGUCCCUCGGCUCAACAGUCGUCUGCUGAGCGGAAUGUGCGGCAUCCUCCUCUUCUUCACAUCCAUCAUGCACACCCUCCUGUACUCCCACCUGAGCGACAAGCUCGUCUCCAAACGCACCCUCGUCCAGUGCCUCAACUACCCGCUCAAGACCCCCCGCUUCACCGACUACCUCAUCCCUCUCGUGGGCGUCGUGUUCUACUCGCAGCUCAUCAAGCGGUUCCUGGACCUGAACACCAAGUGGCAGGGCCUCGUCGCCGCGCUCCCGGACGCCGCCGUCCCUCAGAAAGGGAUCGAAAGCGUCCGGCUCAUGCACCACGAUUUGUGCCAAGCCAACCUCAACUUCAAUUACUACCACGGACUCCAGUUCCUUAUUUUCUUCUUGAGUAUUUUUUUGAAGCUCGUCACCGACUUGGCCUUCUUCCUAUACCUGUACAUCCCUGAUAUCGAGCUGCAGUGCGUUGUUUAUGUCGGGUAUUUCAUCAAUUUCACCCUCUUCCUGGCCGUUUCGGGAAGCUUGUUGAGAGUGAAACAACGGGUGAGCUGUGAAGUAAAAAAAUUACAGUUGAGCAAUUUAUCUUCAAAGUGUGUCAGUCAGGUAUUAUUGUAUUUAGGACAAAUCAAAACAGAUAGGUGCGAAGUUGUGGCUAAUGGGUUCGCGCAUUUUGACCGACCGUUCAUGAUUUCCAUCAUUUCGGCUACAGCAACCGCACUGAUUGUGAUCAUACAGAUGGGACCGAAUACAUUCCAUUUGACUCAAUCAGACAUUGAGGACGACUGCUGCUAAAGUUGUAAUUAAUAAUCAUGAAAAGAAUCUCUGAACAUAUUGGCAUACAUAUACUUACGGCAGAAUAUCAGAAAGGUCUAAACUACAUGCGGCAAGGAAGCGGCUGGCUUCUACAACGCACCACUUGCCAACUAUUCUCCUCUGCUUCCAGAACGCGGAGCAAUGCGGGACGUGGCAGUUUUUCCGCAUCCAACUAUUCACCGUAUCCCAAGGACAAGCUUCAAAAGUGCCUUGAAGAUGACAGACAAAUCAGAGACAAAGGAGAAAUAUUCCACACCAUGGCAACCCGUGUUCGAGACGCCCAUACCAAGACACAUGUACCUGGAAGAGUGGAACAGCAAGCAUGUGCGUUACUUGACUGCAAUGUACUUGAGCGAAUACAAUAGCACAAUAGCUAACAAAGCACCCUCGGCGAUUAAUUUAUUAAAAUUUUAAACAGAUAUUAUUUCAUAAUAUUUAAUGAAUCGACUACAAAAUGCUUCAACAAGGAGUAUCCUGUUAAAUUCCGAGUGAUGUGUGUUGAGAUAGAAGUUUUUGAGGGAAACAGAAACAAAAAAUCAUAGUACACUGUUUUAUAUUAAAGUUUAUUGCUUUAGAAUAAAAUUCGUAACUAACCAGCCAACUCAGUAUUUUCUCACAAUAAACGUUACUUACAAUGGUUUGAACCAAAAAAAUACAUUUAUAUUUUUUCAAAA